AUGUCACACAAUCUAUCCCUUGAUAAGCUCUUUGAUCUCAAUGACCGCAUUGCCCUUGUCACUGGAGGUGGUACUGGAAUCGGAUGGAUGAUUGCUGAGGCUCUCGCGGUGAAUGGUGCUAGGGUCUAUAUAACCGGGCGACGCAAGGAUGUCUUGGAACAAGCCACGGCCAAGUUCGAGCGCGAUAACAAAGGAAAUGGCAGCGUGAUUCCCCUCCCCAUGGAUGUUACCGACAAAGCUAGCAUCCUGGCGGGACAGGAAGUAGUUGCAUCUAAAGAAGGAAAGCUGCAUAUUUUAGUCAACAACGCUGGGAUUGCAGGGCCUAUGACACCGUUUCUGAAUGAUAUGAACACGCCGGAGCACAAGAGUCCGGAGACGCUCGGUCGUGCGCUCUUCGACAGUGCGGCUUUCGCUGACUGGUCCAACGUGUUCAGCGUCAACGUCUUUUCCAUUUAUUUUGUGACCACCGCUUUCCUCGGCCUGCUAGCAAAAGGCAACGACGAUGUUCCGGGAUACACGUCCUCCGUUAUUAAUAUCGGUAGCAUCAGUGGAAAUACGAAGCUUGCGCAGAACAAGUUUGCAUAUAAUUCCACCAAAGCCGCCGUAACACAUUUGACAAAGAUGCUGGCGACGGAGCUCGCGCUGAAGAAGAUUCCUGUGCGGGUCUGCAGCGUUGCCCCUGGGGUAUUCGAGUCGGAGAUGACCGAUGCGGCCAUUACGCCAGAGAUGGUCAAUAAACACGGACAGUCCAUCGUCCCGACGCCAGAGAAUAGGGCUGGAACGGCACAGGAGCUUGCGGGCACGGUCAUUUAUUUUGUCUCUCCCGCAGGCUGUUACACAACCGGUCAGGAAAUUCUCGUAGAUGGCGGAUAUACGGCGGUUAACCCGUCAGUCCGAUGA